AUGCAUAAUAUUUCAGGCUUUGCAUUCUUAGAUUUUCAAGAAAUUCGCAAUUUUGGCAACUCAAAUGUUUUGUUCAGGACAUUCUGUAAGUUAGCGGAACUCCGAAAUGGAAAUGGAUCGACCUGCCAAUCGAAUGAUCAAGGAGAUGAAGGGCACGAGCGGAGGCGAAAGACUGUUCCAGAACUUCAGUAUCACCAUCUGAGCUGCCGUGCGGAUACAUCUAGAGAUCAGCUAUUCACACCCCUUUCUACUCAUCGCCCUAUGGUUACCAUUACUACUGAUCCUUAUCGGGUUAGCAGUUGGUCAGGAUGGACGGUUUUAUGA